CCGUCGCUCGCGCAGACUGUGCUCUCCAUGUUCAGGCAGGACGACUCCGAUGACGACGGCGAUAGCUCCGAGCUCGACCGGAGUCACUACACCCCGAUACCGACGCAGCCUCCAUACGCCCCGUCGGAAGGCGAGGGGACGCUCGACUCGCCGGUGUCGGACCGCCCGCCGUCCGUGGUGUGGUACCCGGAUUCGAGCGCUAGCCAGAAGAGGCGGAGCUGGCGGCGGUAUUGGAGGCCGCUUGCACGGAAGAGGUAUUGGUCGAGCUUGGUGCACUUGUUGAUGGUAAACUUCCCGUUUGCGCUCGCGGCGUGGGUGUAUCUGUUUGUGUUUACGCUGACAGGAACGACUCUCUUGAUGGCCCUCCCCUUGGGAGCCCUCCUUUGUUUCAUUGACUUGCUAGGCGCCCGCGCCUUCUCCCGAGCAGAGCUCUUCCUGCAAUCCCGCUUCCACGGGCCUCUACCAUACCCCCUUCCAGACCCCCCACAGCCCAUCUUCACUCGACUCCGCGCUCCUAUGCCUGCAGACGCCGAAUCAGGGGCAGACUCUGAGGUAUUUGGGUCCAGACCCCGAUCCGGGCACGUCUACGAGCGCUCGUUCUACAAAAACACGUACGCAAUGUUCACAGACCCGACGUCAUACCGCGCGCUGUUCUACUUUCUCGUCAUCAAGCCGGCGAUAACACUGCUGUUUGGGAUCUCCCUGCUGGUGGCCGUCCCGGUGGGCUUUGCGCUGGUCGUUCCAGCACCCGCUGUGCUCAGGACGGCACGCAGACUCGGAGUGUGGCAGGCAGGCGUGGCGGUGGAGGGGUUGUGUCUGUCCGUA